AUGGCAAGCAAUGGUGGCUAUUGCCAUGUACCAGAAGAUUCCAUAGUUGAGAUUUUAUCAAGGCUGCAUGUGAAAUCAUUGAUUCGAUUUAGCUGUGUUUGCAAAUAUUGGUACAGUCUGAUAAGAAAUUCUACAUUCAUUAACAAGCACCACCACCAUCAUACCAACCAUUCCCGUCUCAUUGUUCAACAUUACAAUUUUAACAUCAAAAAAUUUGCUUUUGCUUUGUUCCCUGAUGAAAAUUUAUCCAGUCUGCCCUAUGCAUAUAACGAUAUUAAUGAAAUUCAGUAUCCCUGCAAUUUGGAAGUUAUUAUUGGACCCUUUGGUGGCAUAUUUGGUCUAUUUAACAGUUGGCCACGGGAUAGCAUGGCGUUGUGGAAUCCAGCAACAAAAGAAUUCAGGCCCCUCACCCCAGCACAACCAAACUUUCCACCCCAUAUAAUGGCCUUCAUGCAUAUAUUUGGAUUUGGGGUAGAUCCAAUAACAAAUGAUUACAAGGUGGUUUGGAUGCGGUAUUUCUACGAUGAGGAAAAAGAUAUUCCAUUUAUUCCAAAGGUCAUUGCAGUUUAUAACCUAGGUAUAGAUUCUUGGAGACUCUUUGAAUAUGAGUUGAUUGUAAAUCGUUCCAUACGUAAUUCUUAUAGUAACACAUAUAUAAAUGGAUCUUAUUAUUGGCUAGCCAGCAAGGAUUUUCGUAACUACACACUCCUUUCCUUUGACAUGAGCACUGAGAAUUUCAAAGAAGGGAUACCAACACCUCCUAAUCUUUCCAAAUCCUUAUGUGGGGAUCUUACCAUGUACAAUGACUUUAUUGCUAUGAUCCUUUUUGACCCAAACAAGGUUGAUAAAUCUUUUUACGUAUGGGUGAUGAAGGAAGAGGGUUUCUGGACCAAAAAAUUAUCCAUUGGGCCUCUUUUAGACAUUCUGAGGCCACUCGGGAUUUGGAAAAACAGUGAGCUUUUACUAGAAUCUAGCACUUCACAGUUGGUUUUAUACAACCAUCGUAUUCAGGGGAUUAAAAACCUUGGACCCUGUGCAGAUGAGUAUUGCCUUAGGAUUUUUAUCUACAAGGAGAGCCUAGUUUCGGUGAAAGGAGUAGAUGAAUGCCUGGAAAUGGAUAAUUUAUCCUACUCAGAUCGAGUUCAAGACUUUUUCCACUUCGUAUUAUAUGGGGGUGAUCAAAGCUGA